UUGAGUUAAUGAAUCAUGACUGUUGGUUAUUAUUUUGAUACAGUACAUCAGAAAAUAGAGAAAAAUGAGCUAAUUUUAAAGGAUGAAUUGAAAAUGCUUCUGCAUUUAUGCCAGUCUGCUGAAGAUGUUAUUAUGGCAAGAAAUGCCAUUUACAGGUACCAUAAAGAGAAUCGUAACAUGCCAUUUGGGGAAUUCAAGUUUGGGCCUCUUUUCAUGAGGUUAUGCUAUGAGCUGGGUUUAGAGGAGCUGGCAGCCACAACUCUGACAGAUCCAGCUCUCAAAGGAUUCUUUCCAGACUCUACAUCCUUUAAUAUUGCCAUUGACAUACUUUUCACUAAACAGUGCUUCGAAAGUGGCCUGGAGGUGGUGGGAGAAAUGAAAAAACAAGGAGUGCCGUUCAACAAGGACACCUUCAUGCUAGCCUUUGCUACUUGUUAUAAACUGAACACCUCAAAGUCGUAUCAUAUCUGUUUGACCCUGUUGGAAGAAGGUCAGACAAAAGGCAAUAUCAUCCCUCGACAUGCCUAUUGCUUUGCAACUGCUCUUGCUCUCAAACAGAAUGACAUAGAGAGAGCCCAGACAUUCUACUCGCAGAUCAUGAGCACGCACAGUCGGCUAUGCCAGAACCUGAGAGUUCUCAUAUUGGCUAAGAAGGGGUCCAUGAAAGAGGCAAUCGCUGCCCUCACAGCAGCCCAAGUGUCAAAGACUCCAGUGUUUGUGAAGAAAACAGAGUUCUCCCAGGAAGUGGUUAAUGAAUUGAGGAAGAAGAGUGCUGGUGGGCUGUGGGAGGGACACGUGGAGCGGGUGGUGAGACAGUUAGAGGAGGCUGGUCAGAUCACCAAACAGACCCUUGAUGAGAUCUUGUGUCACACUCCCUCUAGAAAGGCGAGGCCUCUGGGAAUAUUGGAGCAGGAAAGAAAGAUCAGCCGAAGGACUUUUAAAACUUUGCAGUCUGCAUUGCGGUUAGAGUGAAUCCAGGGAGUUCAAGACUCUCAGCAUUAGUAUAUUAUAUUACGAGAGUGAAGGGGUAUCCUUGAUCUGCACACACCGUAGACGCAGUCCAUUCAAGCUCAGUAUUUGGCAUCAUCUACCUCCUGCUGUUUUAAGCCAGUUACUGUUGCCUUGAGUUGUUGAAAUCAAGAAAGGAAUUUAAUCACUUUAAUAAAGUGAUGUUCCUCUAAUUUGGUAUCACGUGCAUUUUUGUAUUCCUUUUUAAAGGGAAAUGGAAGAAAUGUGAAUAGAGAAGCAAUCAGGUGAUAACUGUGAACCCUCUUUAUUUUUCAAUCUUAACCAGCAACGUACAACACUUUAAAGUGUUGAUAAAUGCUAUUAAAAAAGUGUUGCUUUAUGUCUUCUAAACAAAACAGAGAAGCAAGAUGUUCUGCUGGAAGAGAAAUGGGCAGUUGAUGUGUUUUGUAUGUGGUCAGGGUGUCAUGCAUGCAAGAGAUGUAUAAAAACGUAUUUUAUUUUUAAUGUGAUAGUAUUGAUUGAGGGUUUGAAUACUUUGGCUGUCCAUAUCCUGAGUUUAUCAAAAUGCUCAUAAGGUGUGGCUGCCUUGAAUGUGUUUCCCCAGUUGAUAUUUCAAUAAAAAAAGAAAUGGGCAAAUAA